UUGUCCGCCUCUUAAACGGAUUAAGCUUAGCCACGAUGGUAAACUGCCGGUCCUGUUUCUUUUCUUUUGCAGUCGCCCUUUGUGUCCUGCUGCCAGAAGGCCAGGCUGCAGCAGAAUCCGAUCUCCUGGCAAACAACAGUCGGCACCAAAGGACCAAGAGAUGUUCUUGCACCAGCUGGAUGGACAAGGAGUGCAUCUAUUUCUGCCACCUUGGCAUCAUCUGGAUCAACACACCAAGCCACUCUGUACCCUAUGGGCUAGGAAGUCUUCCUACACGACACAAGAGGUCCCUCCGCAGAUGUGCGUGCUCACAUUUCAAGGAUAACUUCUGUACAACGUUUUGUCAUGGCAAUCCUCAAAAUCCCCCCAAAAUGCAGCCGCCCAAGGACACAGGAAUAUUGGCAAAGCUUCGUCGGAGCAGAAAUCCCAAGCUUGACAAGUUGAACUUUGGAAAGUUUUCCGGUUCUUACGCUUUCCGGAACUGAAUUUACCAGAAGGCUUUUUCCAAGAUAUCAAAGUCUUCCAUGGGAAAAGAGUUUUCUGAAGAAAAAGGGAUCAGCAGAAAACUGAAGGAUGCUCCUUGUCUUAGUUGAUGGAGUCCUCCAUUUCCAAAGAUGCUCCUCUGCUAAGGAGUCAAAGGAGAGAACACAUAACACUGAUGGAGAAGAAAGAAAAGUCUACAUAAAGCUGCGGCUGGGAUGAACAAGGAGCACCAUUGCCAAUGGAACACUUCCCCUGUUACUCCAAAGAUGAUGACAAAGAAGGUAUUGGAAGAAAUCUCACCAUUUUUCUCCUGCUCCUUGAUGAUGCAUCUCCUCCUGUGCCUCUUUGUUGGGU